ACCCAGCUGAAUCUGGUAUCCUUUUACCUUGGCAAGCCAACAACAUUAAGAGUAGAGUUAAAACGUUUUCAGAAAAUAUCUCACUAGAUGAGUCCCUCAAAAAGGAUAUCGCCCCGGAUUCUCAGACCCAAUAAUCUGAGAUAAAGUUACCAUACCUAGCACCAGGAAUUCUGUAUACGUUAAUUUUAUAUUUUAUUCCUACCGAGAACGUUAACUUUUCCUCUCUUUUGAGAAAGUCUUAUUCUGUAGCUCAAGGCUGUCCUCAAACUUAAUUAGAUUCUCCUGCCUCUACCAUGGAGAGAUUAUGGUGUGGACCAACAUGUCUGGCUCAGGUGCAGACUGUAAUAGAAUGAUUGUUGAAUAAUAUUCUAGUUUUAAUUCUGUUGCUCUGAUAAAAACAUCCCGACAAAAACCAACUAGGCUCACAAUUCCAAGUGACAAUCAAGCACUGUCGAAGUCAAGAAAGGAAUCUUAUGCAACUUGUAACAUCUGCAGUCUGGAACAGAGAAAAUACAUGCCUGCUUAGUGAUUUUUUUUUCCCUUAUAUCCAGUGCUCACACCCAAAGGAUGGUGACAUUCACAUUCAGGCUGGGUCAUCCCAGAGUAGUUAACCAAAUCAAUAAAAAUAUCCAGUAACCUUUCCCACAGGCCAACCUGAUGUAGAGAAUCCUUCACUGAGAUUCUCUUCCUACAUGAUUCUAGGUUGUGUGGAAUUGACAAACUAUAUCAGGUAGUAAACAACAAACUUUGAAUUGUAAGGUUAUUGGAGGGAUAGAGGAGAGAGCACAUACAGCAUGACGCUGCUUCAUUAAGGAGCAGCACCUUCUAUUCGGAAAGCUAUACCUGGGAGAGCGUGGAAGCCACCUUUCCGUCAUGGCCAUACUUCUGCACAUCUCCAGGAAUGCUGCUUUCAGUGUACCUUCUCCACACCACGUGAAGUUUCCUAUCACAAAAUACCUCAGUCCCCACGAUUAGGACUUCCAUCCACUGCUAAAAUUACUUAUUCCAACAACUCACUUUGUAACAAGACUCAUAAGUAGGUGAUAAAUUGAGUCCCACUAACCGUAUGCAAAGUCAAACGUGGAUCAAAAUGACACUUAUCUCCUAAGCCAUAGAAGCUUAAAACAGUGAUGGCAUACGGUGAACGCAAUUAUUGUUCUGACAAGUGGUAGUCACUGCAAAGCUUGAGUAUUUUCCCUAGAAUAGCUAUCCAUAGGAGGUCUCAAGACUGUCUUUUGAGGAAAGCCCAAGAUGAAUUUUGCCAUAGUUUUGUGACUUUCCUAGGGAGAUGCCACACAACAUUGACACUCUCUCCCAUGGGAAGCCCAUCACAGACAUUGUAUAGUUACCGCCCAAGUCCAACUUGGUGAAGCAAUGAGUUUUAUUGGAAUUAUUUACAGGAACAGAAAAAGACUCAAAAGACCGCUAGCCGCAUCACCCAAGCCCACCCCAACAUGGGUGAUACCUCACAAAAGCUGAGAACCUGGAAAACACUGCCUACAGGCAGCUCAACAGGUUGGAACCUGUUCUUUUAAAGUUGUUCUAAACCUCUUCUGCUGAUUUCUGCUCCCUCCGGGCAGCUGGUCUGGUCUGAGAGUCUUCUUGGCAACUUGGCUCAGUUAAGAGGGACUCUCAGGCUUUAUUGUUUCCUCUGGCAGGGAGGGAGAGGCCUAGUGAAUCUGCUCAGUUUCAGGUCUUGAAGCUGUUUGAGCUGUUUACCUUCCUGUUUAAAGAGCUUUGCUACAGGAUGGAAUGUUUCAAUCUUGGAAUUCAUUUCAGGGCUGCGGAUCUAGAAUCUGGGUUUAGUGCUUAGAAUAGUGUGUGCUGCCUUUGUAGGACUUAGGACAGGAGAAGUCUCUAUUCUCAAAACAUAAACCCUGUGUUUUGCUGGUUUGUUUGUUGCAACACACAAAAAGUCCAAGUGGGUUGUUUGUGGAGUUCAUUUCUUGGGCCCUACAUUUAACUAUCAGCAGAGAACUCUGUAGGUCAGGUCACCACUUGCUUUCCCUGUCUGUUAGGAUGGCCAAUGACCUAUUUGUUAUCCGGUAAUUAACAGCCUGCACCUGGUCUCCUCACAGCACCAACCCGAUUGCAAUCUGGGAGUGAAUUUCAGUUGCAGCUGCUCCUACACACAUUCUUGCCUUAGGAAGUCAGUGAGUUCAGGAAGUCAGUGAGUUCCUGGAACUUUUUGACAGUGGUGGGGAUUGAGCCCAGGGCCUUUGUGCCUGCCAUGCAAGCACAGGAUUCUGAGGGGUCCACUUAAAUCCAACAUAACUCAAACAUCAGGUCAAUGCAGAUGACAAAAAUGUAAUCAAGCUGAUAUGGAUUGAUCAGGGCCAAAGAACAGACUCAGGAGAGCCAGGACCCCAAAGAAUGCUGCAUGGCAUAUUUAAAGGCUAAAACCUCGAAGCAAAGCGGAGCAGGAUAGGCUGGAGCACCGUCCAAUCAUAUUUUGACAUAAGGGGUUGAGCUAGGAAGUUUUCAACAAUCAGAUUAUGACCAGGUCCCUGGCUCUGGGAGCAUGAACUUAGUUUGACCCUGCCAGCAAGAUGGAGAAAUUGUCUUUGAUGUGUCUGGAUUCAGACAACUGUUCCCUUACAGGUUAUCCCUGAAAUAUCUGAACUCUUAUAUUAGAAGCUGUUAAACUAUUGGGAAGUCAACUUCCCUUGGGCCUGGGACCUUCAAUUUAGUUUCUCCUUAUGAUACAUGGAGUGGAAAAAGGAAAUGGUGGUACUUAGAAUAAAUUUCUUUUGCUUCUUCCCAACAGAGCUACAGUCUCAGCCUUAUAGAACAUUUUGAUAGUUAAGGAAUGGUUGGUUAGAAACCCAUGGUAGAAUCAAUAUACAUUAGUCCCACUUUCCAAGGCUUUGAAUAUUAAUGUCCAGUUUUGGCCAUUUGGUACCAAGAUUAAAGUCUUGUUGACAGUUACUCCAAGACUUGGCCAUCCAUCUUAGAUAUCUCAACCCACUAUUACGCCACCUCUGGGAGACAAUUUUGCUUUAGUCCUCAUUAAAAAUGUGAAUUUCUCUAUAAACCCCAGCUCUAGCCCAGGUCUGCACCAGCCUCCCCACAUCUUUCCUUCAGGUGUUGGGGUGAGGGAUCUGUUUCCCAGCCCCAUGGCACCCGUAGGACCAUGAGCAUAUUACCCUUCGGAUAUCACUAUACACUUCUGCGUUUCCAUCCCUUUAUAGAUCCCUAUAACAAGAAUAUAUCCUGAUUCAUUUUAUCUUGCCUAGAAAGGGAUAGCCAGGGAGGGGAGAAAACCAGCCCUCUUUCCUUGACCUGUUUCCCUUUCUUGCUUCUCCUGUACAGCCCAGUCCUUGAACAAGCAGCCCACUUUGGACUUAUUUCCACCAUUUCUUCCACUGUUCACCACUUAAUAUAAGACAUUCUGCCUUUUGCUCAGCCAGGAACAAAUUUAAAAAUGCAGAGUCUCAGCCAUGCAGUGGUGGCACACAACUUUAAUCCCAGCAGUUGGGAGGCCAAGGCAGGCAAAUCUCUGAGUUCAAAGCCAGCCUGGUCUACAGAGUGAGUUCCAGGACAGGUACACAGAGGAACCCUAUCUCAAAAAACAAAAUCUCAGGGUCUACCCUGCACUGAUUCAAAAAGAAGAUGUCCACUCCAGUAGUGAUUUGACAAAUCGUCUUCUGGAAGGUGGGUCUUCCAGAGAAGCUGCAAUUAAGGCCAACUGCUCAGCUCACUAAGCCUCUCGAAACCUUUACCAAGUUCCAUAAUAUGGAGAGAUUGCCAGGCUGUCAUUUAAAAUAGAUCAAGUUGUAAGUAGGUGCUUAAUGUAGAUUUAGAGAAUCGUCUUUCUCUCCUCUGAAAUAUUUUCUAAAUCCGCACCAUCCCCAUUCCGAAGCCUUGGACCGACUUCCAUCAGCCUCACUUCCCUAGGCCCUGCUGCUCUCCAGAGUUGGUCAGGCUGACGUCUGGACAUUGAGAAAGCUGACUUAACACAACUUUGUAGCUGCCAGGUUCCAAAUGUAACAUUUGAACUUUUAUCUAAUGCCAAUAAAUUAUGUUUCACGAGUGGAUCGUCUGCAUAGUUAUGUCCACGCCUUCUUUUAUACAGUUUCAUAUUUGAAGGCACUAAAACAGGAAUGGUUAUAACAUCUUAAAAUCUCCCUGCCUCUUGCACACAAGUCAACAGUGAGUUUCUCCUCCCAGCUGCUCUGACAGACGUCAGUCUCUACAAAUCCAAACAAGGAGUGAAGUCUUAAGAGCUUAUGAGUGUAUAGAAUAGUUUCAACAAAGGCAUGAGCAACAUUUUCAAUUAAAAAGGAAUCUGAAGAUAAACACUGCAGUCAUAGAGGAGGCUGACAGCCCCCUGCGGACUCUGUACUGCCCUCCCCAGCGCCUCCACCUUCCGGAACGCUGAACUGGCCAUUUUACCCUGCUUUUCUUUCAGAUGGCUUUCAUCAUCCGUAAUCCCAACCGAUGGGUAAGCAGGUGCUUAUGUUGCUUAGAUAUGGAGAAGAAAAUCGUAGUCCUCUUAUCUAUGUGAACCAAAAGGCAGCUACAGAGCUUUUCUCAGUGUGCUAUUCUAGAUGGGAAGCACUAAUUGAACCAGACUUUUUAAAUGUUUGCCCUCUCAUGUAGCUUAUGACAGAAUCAGUGUCAAGGGCUGGAAAGAUGUCUCAGCUGUCAGCACAGCUGCUGCUCCUGAGGACCCAGGUUUGACUCCCAGCAUCCACAUGUCAGUCCAUAACUUCUGUUCCAGGGAAUCUAAUGUCCCCUAACCUCUAUAGGCACCAGGUAUGCACAAGGUAUACAAACAUGCAUGCAGGCAAAACACCUAUACAUAAAAUUGCUUUUUAAAAGAAAAACUCUGGGUCAGAAUUUCAAGUUAUUAGGUUACUAAAUUUUUAUUAUAUUCCCAUGGCUAGAACACAUGAGAAAACUGUUUUAAAGAUUAAUUUACUUUAGGGUCUCAUCACUAAAGUUUUCUUAACGCGGUUUUUGAGAGGAAAGGCAGCCUGUGUGAAAUCAAUAUCAAAACUAAAGAGUGAAUGAACUGAUCACCCUGGGCUCCAGCUAUUGGAGUAAAAUUGUGAACUUUGCUUUAAAAGUUAUCUAGACACACUUCUGUUCCAAACAGAAACAGUGGAAUACGAGAGAAAUCCACGGACACGUCAAGUUCCUCUAGAAAAGGGUGAGGCAGCCCCUGGGUUUGCAACUGGAAGCAGCUUGGCGGGGGAUCUUCAAAAACCCUGAACUCUAGCUUUCAAGAAAGCAAGGGAACAGGAUCUGGGAGAGAAAAGCGAACCUUUCUAAACACCGAAAUUAAAGCAGAUCCCCUCGUGUCCUACUUCACACCACUGUUAGCCACCUAAGCAGUGCCUGCUGUGGUCUUUCUCAAAGCAACCCGGUGCACUGGCACCAGGAAUCUCCCACCCAGGUCCUCUGAGAGCAUCGCACCCUGUCUGUCUGCUGGCUCCACCCAGACCCUCGAAGGAACAGCAGUUGGGUUUGGUGUGGGUAAGCCCACCUCAGGCCCCGCCCUCCGCACCUCCCUCCGGGCAGCAAGGUCCUUAAGGUCCUGGUUCGCUCCCCAGCCGCUCAGAAAAUUGGGGCUGCGACUCUGCCAGCAUCUGGCUUUGAGGGGCGUGCCCGCCGCGUAGAAUGGACAGCAGGGCGCGGAGCUCUUCCAGAAAGACCCACGGGAGAGGUAGCAGGUCCUCUUCUAGGGAUGACAAGAAGUCAAAGGCCGGGAGGGGCAACAGAGGCCGCGCGCGCCCGGAUGCUGGGGCAGAGCGGCAGAGCGCCGGGCGGACGGGGACCCGGGAGGAGCACCGAGCUCCAGCAGCCACGGUAGUGAAUGUGGACGAGGUUCGAAGCCCGGGUGAGGAGGGUACGGAAGUGGUGGCCCUGCUGGAGAGCGAGCGACCAGAGGAAGGGAUCAAGCCCUCUGGAUUAGGGGCCUGCGAGUGGCUUCUUGUCCUCUCCUCCCUGAUCUUCAUCAUCGUAACGUUUCCCUUUUCCAUCUGGUUCUGCAUAAAGGUUGUUCAAGAAUACGAAAGAGUAAUUAUAUUCCGACUGGGACAUCUGCUUCCUGGAAGAGCCAAAGGACCUGGCCUGUUCUUUUUUCUACCCUGCCUGGACACCUAUCACAAGGUUGACCUCCGUCUCCAGACCUUGGAAAUACCUUUCCAUGAGGUGGUAACCAAAGAUAUGUUCAUAAUGGAGAUAGACGCUGUCUGCUACUACCGCAUGGAAAAUGCCUCCCUUCUUCUAAGCAGUCUAGCUCAUGUGUCCAAAGCCAUCCAGUUCCUGGUGCAAACCACCAUGAAGCGCCUCUUGGCACAUCGAUCCCUCACUGAAAUUCUCCUGGAAAGGAAGAGCAUUGCCCAAGAUGUAAAGGUGAUUGCUGCCGAAGGGGAAAAAGCUGCCUCUGAGUCCCUGAGGAUGGCGGCUGAGAUUCUGUCGGGCACCCCAGCUGCUGUCCAGCUCCGGUACCUGCACACUCUUCAGUCCUUGUCCACAGACAAGCCGUCCACCGUGGUUUUGCCUUUACCCUUUGACAUGCUGAACCUUCUCUCCUCUCCCAGCAACAGAGCACAAGGAAGCAUCAACUACCCAAGUUCUCCCAAACCUGUUGAACCACUAAAUCCCAAAAGGAAGGACUCUCCUAUGCUAUAGGGGCAAGUGGACAAGAGUAAUGGGAAUACACCAUAUAAAGCCGUAUCCCUGAGCGAGGCAUUCGGUCCCCACGCCCAGGCCCACCCUGCCCUUGUUGUUUGCCUUUUGAGUGUAUCAUGUCACAAGAUGGACACACGCAUGAGAACACAGUGAAAUGGCAGAGAAGACAUCCAGCCACACAAGUGGGUCGUCUCAUCAUUCAUUACAGGAAAGAAAGAGAUUUAGAAUUUUGGGUUGAGGGGCUGGAGAGAUGGCUCAGUGGUUAUGAACACUGACUGCUCUUCCAGAGGUCCUGAGUUCAAAUCCCAGCAACCACAUGGUGGCUCACAACCAUCUGUAAUGGGAUCCGAUGCCCUCUUCUGGUGUGUAAGACAGUGACAGUGUACUCAUCAUAUAUAAGAUGAAUAAAUAAAACCUUUAAAAAAAAAGAA